AUGUACGAAGACACCCAAGAAGCCAAAGGUGACAGACGCAAAAGUAUUUCAGACAGUAGUAUAGGUUAUAAUGAUUUAUACGAGAUAAGUCAACGCAAAGGAUUGGGUGUUUACGGUACUGGACGUAAUGGUAGUAAAGACAUGAAGAUUAAUUUGAACAAAGGGAAAGUCAUGAAGAAUUGGGCAAUUGUCAAAAAGCACUUGGUUGAUACUGGAGAUAUUUACCAGGAUAGCCACAUUAUACAUGCAGAGAGUAUAUUGGCUUGGUGGAAGCCAGAAGACCCUGUUAUACCUGUGUAUCAGCCAACAAGCUCGGAUGAAUUUAUCAAUAGGAAGCUAUUUGAGAAAAGCCUAACGGCAGCUCAUAUUCAAAAGAAGAAACAACAGGACUUGGAAUCUCAAGUCAAGAAUGAGAUUAUUUCAGAAACUUCUGAGCAAAGGAUGAAACGGUUCACUAGGGCGUACAGAAAAUCACAAAAUAUGGAAAUAACGCCGCAACCAUCUGACACCUCAUGUAGCUCAUCCUUACGGUCGUCAUCGUCAUCUUCCUCGACCCUUUCAGCAAGCCCUCAAUUCAAUGUAGCGAAAAGUAUUAAGAAAUGGGCAGGGAUUGAGUUAAAAACUGUAAUUAUUCCUCUGGAAGGAGUAGCGCGUCAGUGCAAUUGCAUAUGA